AUGAUCCGCGCGCCGUGGUUCACCGUCACGAACCUGCUCAAGGCGCUCGACGCCAGGCGCGCGGGGGCGCGGCCGCGCGGGCCGAAGAAUUGGCGCGCAUUCGCGGAGAGGGGCGCGGGGCUGUUCGACCGGGCCAUGCGCGUUGUGGUGUACAGCGGGGGAUGCCACGUGCGGGAUGUGCGGAAGAUGGCGGAACAGGUGGCGGAGGGAGAGGAGGGGAAGAAAGAGAGGGAUGGACACGAUAGCGGGUCUGUGAGGGGGGUCGAGCGGAACAAACGUGCAGGGGAAGAGAAAGGUGCAUCUUCUUCCUCCUCCACCACCACCUCCUCCCCUCCUCGCUUCCACAUCCCAGCCUCCUACGAUCUCGCUGCUCACCGCCUCACCCGUGCCACCAACGUUUCUCUCGCCUCCACGCGCGCCCUCGUCGCCACACUCGCCACCGCCGCGCGCCUCAACCCGCUCGCUGACCCCCACACCGCCGCCAUCCGCGCCACUUCCGCUGCCCUCGCCCUCCCCAUCGACAUCCUACCUGCACACCCGGCCAUCUGCGCCCUCCUAGACGACCCACUUCUGCUACUUAACAAAGUGUCGGCGGGAGUGGUGGAGAGCGAGGGGUGGGAGCGGUGGCGGUGGCAUGUGAAGCUGGCGAUGGACACGGUGCACGUGGUAAGGCAGUGCGCGCACACGGGCGCGCGCAUGGUGCUGCUGCUGCAGGAUGACGUGGUGCCAGCGUGGCAGUGGGACGUGGGGUUGGAGCGGUUCGUUGCCGUGGACCUGCCACGAGUGGUGGGCGCACGGGAGAGAGCAGAGGAAGAGGGGAGAGAGAGGAAGAGGGGAAGGGACGGGACGCAGGAGGGGGGACAGGGGAGGGAGCAGGAGAGGGAGGAGGAGAAGGCGCAGGAGAGCAAGAACGGGAGGUUGGGAGCGGUUGAGAGUGGCAACAAGGGCCGUGGCUCGCACUCGAGAUACCCUGUCUGGGACGUGCUGUCGCUGUACUACCCACAGACGUACGGGUGGAAGCUGGCCCACGGGGCGGAAUACCCAGUCCCUUGCUGCGCCCAGGCGCUGCUGCUGAACGCGUCCACCGUGGGCGGGCUGCUGGCGCACGUGGAGGCGGGGCUCAUGCGCGCCCCCCUCGACCUCCUCAUCCAUGAGUACCUCCUCUCUGGUGCUGUCCGGGAAAACGGUGGUGGGAGUGCCGCAGGGGAGGAUGGUGGUGGCAGUGGAGGCGGUGGUAAUGGUGGUGGUGGUGGUGGUGGUGGUGGUGGUGGUGGUGGUGGUGGUGGUGGUGGUGGUGGUGGUGGUGGUGAGGGGCGUCGCCCGCGGGCGUAUGUGCACAUCCCGUCGCUCUUCCAGCACAUUGGGGUGGUGAGGACGAAUGUGCUCAAGGGGAACCAGGGCCAUCAAGACAGGCGGUUCCGACCGGACUAUGUGGAGGAGCCGUAUAGGAGUGUGGAGGAGGACUCGGAGGAGGAGGAGCAGGUGGACGACUCGGACGACGACGAGGACUAUGGCUUCGACGACCCCGACGUUGACGAUGACGAUCCCGUUCUGCGACCCAGACAGGUGCGGUACAAGAUUCUGUCGGAGAAGGACAUUCUGCAGCGGCAGCAGGAGGCCACCGGCGACGUGGCGACGGUCCUCUCCAUCCCGCUCGACGACGCCGCCAUCCUGCUCCGCCACUUCAAAUGGAGCGUGAGUCAGGUGAACGACGAGUGGUUUCAGGACGAGGACCGCGUGAGGAAGGCCGUGGGGCUGCCGCGCCCGCACUCCCCCUCCGCCUCCUCCGCCUCCGACCGCCGCCCUGGCAAAGAGCCCGAGCCGCACCUGACGUGCGGCAUCUGCUUUGAGAGCUACCCGCAGGCCGCCAUGAAGCCCGCCGAGUGCUUCGACCACUUCUUCUGUGACGCCUGCUGGCAAGGCUACGCCAAGGCGGCUGUUGCGGACGGGCCGGGGUGCCUGUGCCUGCGCUGUCCGGACCCGUCGUGUGGAGCAGCGGUGGGGGAGAAGCUUGUGCUCUCGUCGCUGCCGGACGCCCUGCGCGCCAAGUACCUCAAGUACCUGCUGCGCUCCUACGUGGAUGACAACCGCAAUGCCAAGUGGUGCCCCGCGCCAGGCUGUGAGUACGCGGUGGAGUAUCUACCGGACUCAACGCACUACGACGUCAUCUGCAAGUGCAGCUUCGCCUUCUGCUGGAAUUGUUUGGAGGAGGCGCAUCGGCCAGUGGACUGUGAGACGGUGGGCAAGUGGAUUCUCAAGAACAGUGCCGAGUCAGAAAACAUGAACUGGAUUCUGGCGAACUCCAAGUCGUGUCCCAAGUGCAAGCGGCCCAUCGAGAAGAACCAGGGCUGCAUGCACAUGACCUGCACGCCGCCUUGCAAAUACGAGUUCUGCUGGCUGUGUCUAGGGUCGUGGUCGGAGCACGGGGAGAAGACGGGUGGAUUCUACGCGUGCAACCGAUACGAGUCCGCCAAGCACGAGGGCGUGUACGACGAGACGGAGAGGCGGAGGGAGAUGGCGAAGAACUCACUGGAGAAGUACACGCACUACUACGAGCGCUGGGCUGCCAACGAACAGUCGAGAGUAAAGGCGCUCGAGUCGUUGCGCGAGAUGCAAACAGUCAAGAUAGAGCAACUGAGUGAGCGCCACAGCCAGCCCGUCUCGCAACUCAAGUUCGUCAUCGAUGCAUGGCUGCAGGUGGUGGAGUGCAGGCGAGUGCUCAAGUGGACGUACGCGUACGGCUACUACCUGCCGGAGGCGGAGGUGGCGCGGCGGCAGUUCUUUGAGUACCUGCAGGGCGAGGCGGACGCGGCGCUGGAGAAUCUGCACAAGAUGGCCGAGAAGGAGCUCGAGCUCUACAUCUGUGACGACGGGGACCCGCCCCCCACUUCCUUCAAUGACUUUCGGUCACGACUGGCGGGGCUCACCAGUGUGACACACACGUACUUUGAGAACCUAGUGAGAGCGCUCGAGAACGGCCUGGCAGACGUCGAGAACGCCUCUACAGCCGCCUCCUCCACACGUGCCGCUGCUGCCGCCGCAGCAGCAGCAGCGGGGCGAGCCAUCGCCAGCACGUCGCGCAUCUCCCAGUCCCGCUUCGGCGCCCGCACCCGCUCCCGCACCACUGCCGCUUCCGCCGCCGCUGCUUCCACCUCCGCUGCUGGCUCGUCUGCUGCAGGCCCUAGUGGUUCGUCUGCGGGAGCAGCAGCGGCGGGUGGUGGGGGUGGUGCGGGGUCGAGCCGCGGGAGUAUUUUCCGGUCGUCGUCAUCUCAAGCGGCCGCUGCGGCGGCGGCAGCGGCGAUGACGGUGGGGAAUACGGCAGGGAGGGAGCGGGAAGAGACGGCGUAUUGGUCGUGUGAGCACUGCACGUAUGCAAACCCGUUGCCUGGCCGGGCGUGUGCCAUGUGCCAUCUGCCACGCAGCACCCGAUGA